AGAACCGAGUAUGUUGUCUCUCAGAGCAGUGCCAUAUGGGAUUUUCUCACUGUAUGAAAUUUAUUUAGCAUAAGCGGUGUGCAGAGCACCCACAUAUAUACAUACAAAUAUUCAUACAAAGAAAACUUCUGUAUACCAACCAGGAUAUUUCAGGAUGCUUCUUGUCAGAACGCACUGGAAUACUCAGUAUAAAUAAAAAGUAAGGAUGUAUUCGUGCUGAGUCCAUUUCAGGGUGGGAGUGCUGGAGAAAUUGGAAACCAGCAAGCCUAAAACUGACCGCUGGAAUGGGCAUGAGGAUGUUGGAGAACUCAAGGUCUUUCUGCACUCAGACAUGCCAUGCCUGCUUAUUGUUCCUUUGGCUGACUUUUGGCCUGACAGUAACUGAUGGAGUCGCGACCCAUCAAGGAAUACCCUUGUCCAUGGUUAAGCUGUGGGCCUCAGCAUUCGGAGGUGAAAUCAAAUCCAUCUCCGCCAAAUAUUCAGGCUCUCAACUCCUGCAAAAGAAAUAUAAGGAGUAUGAAAAAUCAGUUCGCAUUGAAGAAACUGAUGGAGCAAAACUGGUGAAGAAGUUGGCUGAGGACAUGGAAGACAUGUUCCGUAAAAAAGCACUGGCAGUGAGACGUUUAGUGGACGCCGCUGAGCUGGCCCAUCUUCAGCACGUGGAGGACCCAGACCUGCAGUAUGACUACUUCAAUGCUGUGCUCAUAAACGAGGUUGAUGAAGAGGGGAAGAACGUGGAGCUUGGACAGGAAUUCAUUCUGAAGUCCAGUGAACACUUUAAUAACUUACCAGUAAACUUCAGCCAUAGUGUGGUUCAGGUUCCCACCAACACAUACAACAAAGACCCCGAUAUAGUGAACGGUGUAUAUUGGUCAGAAGCACUGAAUAAGGUGUUUGUUGAGAACUUCGAGCAAGACCCAUCAUUGAAGUGGCAGUACUUUGGGAGUGCAAAUGGAUUCUUCCGGCAAUAUCCUGGUGUGAAAUGGCACCCAGAUGAACACGGAGUGAUUGCCUUUGACUGUAGGAACCGCAAGUGGUAUAUUCAGGCAGCCACAUCCCCGAAGGAUGUUGUGAUCCUGGUGGAUGUCAGUGGCAGCAUGAAAGGCCUGCGUUUGACCAUGGCUCGGCAGACAGUGGCCUCCAUUCUGGACACCCUUGGAGAUGAUGACUUCUUCAACAUCAUUGCAUAUAACAAUGAGAUCAACUAUGUGGAGCCAUGCCUGAAUGGGACGCUGGUUCAGGCAGACCAGAAUAACAAAGAUCAUUUCCGGGAGCAUCUAGACAAGCUGUUUGCAAAAGGUACAGGCCUACUGGGGAAUGCUUUAACCGAGGCAUUCACCCUCCUAAAAGAGUUCAAUGAAAGUGGGAGAGGAAGCUUCUGCAGUCAGGCCAUUAUGCUGAUCACUGAUGGCGCGACAGACACCUAUGACACAGUUUUUGAGAAGUUUAAUUGGCCAGACAGAAAGAUCCGUAUAUUCCCCUAUCUGAUUGGACGGGAGUCUGCCUUCGCUGAUAACCUGAAGUGGAUGGCCUGUGCUAACAAAGGCUACUUCAGCCAGCUCAGCACCCUAGCUGACGUCCAGGAGAACGUGAUGCGCUACCUUCAUGUUCUCAGCAGACCCAAAGUCAUUGAUCAUGAACAUGACACCAUAUGGACUGAGGCCUACAUGGACAGCACUGUGAGUAAAAGCCACUCAUCUGACGAAAAGCAGAGUCCAUUUCUCAUGACAACCGUUGCCAUGCCAGUCUUCAGCACAAAGAAUGAGACGAAGAACAAGGGUGUCCUCCUAGGUGUGGUCGGCACUGAUAUUCCUCUCCAAGAACUGCUAAAAGCUAUUCCCAAGCACAAGCUGGGGAUCCAUGGCUAUGUCUUUGCCGUCACCAACAACGGAUACAUCCUGACCCACCCUGACCUGCGGCCACUGUACCAAGAUGGGAAGAGGAGGAAACCCAGCUACAGCAUUGUGGAUCUGUCCGAGGUGGAGUGGGAGGAUAAGGACAAUAUUCUUCGCAAUGCGAUGGUGAACCGGAAGACCGGGACUUUCUCCAUGGAGGUAAAGAAGACCAUGGAUAAGGGGAAACGUGUCCUAUUCAUGCACAAUGACUAUUACUACACCGAGAUUAAAGGGACACCUUUCAGCCUAGGUGUAGCUCUUCCUAGAGGUAAUGGAAAAUACUACUUUCGUGGAAAUGUCACAGUGGAUGCAGGACUGCAUGAUCUGGAGCACCCCGAUGUCUCUUUGGCACAUGAGUGGGUGUACUGUGACACGAGCAAACGCCGUGAGCAUCAACAUCUGUCACAGAUCCAAGCACUUCGACUCUACAUGACUGGACAACAGCCUCACCUGAAGUGUGACAGGCAACUGAUCCAAGAGGUUCUGUUUGAUGCUGUAGUGACUGCCCCUUUGGAGAGUUACUGGACACGCCUGGCAUUGAACAAGUCUGAAAACUCAGACAAAGGAGUAGAAAUUGCCUUUGUAGGAACACGGACUGGACUAUUGAGAACCAACCUCUUUGUGGUUCCAGAGCAACUGACCAAUCAGGAAAUUCUAACUCCUGAAGUGGACCAGGAGGGCGUCUUCAAUGCUGACCACUUCCCCCUGUGGUACCAGAGAGCUGCUGAACAUGUUCCUGGCACCUUUGUAUACUCCGUUCCCUUCAGAAGAGGAAUGAGCAAUAACAGUGUUGUACUAGCCAGCACUGCCGUCCAACUGCUUGAUGACAGAUGGUCCCCCAUUGUUGCUGCAGUGGGAAUUCAGAUGAAGCUGGAGUUCUUCCAAAGAAAGUUCUGGACAGCCAGUCGGCAGUGCACUGCUCUGGAUGGAAAGUGCCCCAUUAAUUGUGACAAUGAGAGCAUCAGCUGUUAUCUAAUCGACAAUAACGCCUUUAUCCUGGUAUCUGAAGACUACUCCCAGACAGGAAUGUUCUUUGGUGAGGUGGAAGCAGCUGUGAUGAACCAGCUGCUCCUCAUGGGCUCCUUUAAAAGGAUUACUCUAUACGACUAUCAAGCCAUAUGUAAAAUCUUUGUUGAAAGUAGCAACAGCCCACGGAGUUUAUUAGAUCCUUAUUUUGCUGUCUUUGCUACUAUCAAGUGGCUUGUUACUGAAUUGGUGAUAUUUGUUCUGGAGUUCAACGUGUACAGCUGGUGGCAUUCUGAGCUUACAGCUAAAGCACAAGACAUGGUGAGAGGAAAGACCGUCCAGGUACCGUGUGAAACGGAGUACCCAGCCUUUGUUUCCGAACGGAUCAUUAAGGAGACCUCCGGGAUUGUUGACUGCAAUGGUUGUGACAGGUCCUUCGUCAUACAGCAAAUCCCAAGCAGUAACUUGUUCAUGGUGGUGGUCGACGACCAGUGUGACUGCAGCUCCGCACCACCAGUUACCAUGGAACCCAUCGAGAUUAUGUACAACGAGUCCCUGACGUGCGAGCGCUUCAAAUUUCAGAAGGACAGGAGACGGCCUGAUUCCUGCCAUCCAUUCCACCCUGAGGAGGAUGCCAUGGAAUGUGGGGGCUCCCUGGGUUUGACCCCCACGCCCCAAAUGACGCUCCUCACCCUUUUGUUGAUGCUCAUCACCAGGUGACCUGGGGACUCAGCAGAGGGUCAGCGUGACUCACCCUCAUUUGGCUUCAACAGACUCAUGGCUGUCAACAGAACGGGUGGCAUGCAUUGGGAAAUAAUUUCUUGCUUUCUACUAUACAAUCUGAUUGAAGUUUGAAGUUUAUGUUUAGAAUGUUGUUUGAGGUAAUUAAAUAUUGUCAUCAAUUAAGUUCACGUUAUGAAAUGGUCUGACUUGAGGGAGCAGUGCAUGAGAAGAACUUCUGUUAAAAAAAAUCUUCACAAUCUACAUGGUGAUCAUCUUGCAACAAAAUGAACCCUCAUGUGCCUACAUAUGUGUAAACUACUAUGUCUGCAAGCAUCUGCGUACAUCUGUGAACAAAUCUGCAUGCGUCUCUCUACAACUGUGGUAACCACCUUUUAGAAUCCACUGUUUUCUGAUGUUAGAGGUUGGUGCUUUUUACAUAUAUCACAGUGAGCACAGCUAAUAGAGCUAUAUUGACAGAAUAACACAUACAUAACAAGGUCUAGAUUUCAGAUGUUGUUUCUAUAGAUCAUGCAGCCUACAUGCUGCAUAUCACAUUUUAACUCGCAAACAUCCAUAUUUACUCCUCUUACGAAUGUCACCCCCCCGAUGCCUAAGCCCUAAUAAAUGAAAACACUAACGAUUAAAAAUCAUGUACUGCAUCUAAGGUCCACACAUUUCUACAGCUCUAAAAGCUCUUGUAUACUGCAUAGCACUUUUACAGUCUAUGGAAUCUCGACAAAAUAUAGACUGUAGCUCCAACAGACUCUACAGAUCUUAUAAUUCUGAUACCUCAAAUAACCUCUACAGCUCCAUCAGGUGACUUUUAACCACUAUUGUACAAUGCCUUCCAGAUGGAGAAAUAAAAGAUUUUUUCAAAUG